AUAUGGUGACGUCGCUACCGGGGCGGUUCGGGCGGUUGCCAUUCGCUUCCUGCUUCUUGGCUUCCCUGGUUUCGCCUGAUCAGCUGCUCGAGCUUUUCCGCAGACGAGACACGGACACAAUGUCACAUCAGACGGGCAUUCAAGCUGGCAAUGACGUGAAGGAGAUUUUUGCCAGUGCCAAGAGUGGAGACGAGUACCGAGUCUUGAAGAUCAUCAUCGUGGAUGAGCAGCUGACAGUUGCAGACACCAAGAAGGCGUCAAAGAAGUGGGACCAGGAGUACGAUGCCUUAGUGCUACCGCUGCUGGAGGACUCCCUUCCCUGCUACAUCCUCUACCGGCUGGACUCCAACAACAACCAGGGUUACGAAUGGAUCUUCCUCGCAUGGAGUCCCGACCACUCUGCCGUGAGAAACAAAAUGCUCUUUGCCGCUACCAGAGCCACACUGAAGAAAGAGUUUGGUGGCGGCCACAUCAAGGAUGAGCUUUUUGCCACGACAAAGGAUGAGAUCAACCUCAGUGGAUACAGGAAAUAUCUGCUGUCGGAGUCGGCUCCGCUGCCCCUCACCGCUGCCGAGGAGGAACUGAGACAGAUUAAACUACACGAGGUUCAGACGGACAUCAGUGUGGACAGUAAGCACCAGACCCUCCAAGGUGUGGCUUUCCCCAUCCACCAUGCUGCCGUCGCGGCACUUGAGCGCUUCAGGGACAAGGAAAUCAACUAUGUGCAACUGCAAGUAGACGCCGAAAAGGAGCUGAUUUGCUUGUGCAGCACCGAGCCGACGGACCUGAGGACCCUGCCCUCGAGGAUCCCCAAAGACGCCGCUCGCUACCACUUCUUCCUCUACAAGCAUUCCCACGAGGGUGACCGCUUGGAGUCCACGGUUUUUAUUUAUUCCAUGCCAGGGUACAAGUGUAGCAUCAGGGAGAGGAUGCUCUAUUCCAGCUGCAAAAACCCUCUGGUCGACAUGGUGGAAAACCAACUGAAGAUAGAGAUCGAGAAAAAGUUGGAAAUCGACAGCGGCGAUGAGCUGACCAAUGAAUUCAUGUAUGACGAGGUGCAUCCCAAGCAGCACGCGCACAAGCAGGCCUUCGCCAAGCCCAGAGGUCCUCAAGGGAAGCGGGGCGGCCGUCGCAUCACCCGACCCCCCGCCGACGGCCAGGAGGACGAUUAAAACAAGACUUUGGCACCGACAACCUGUGCACGUUCCAUACUGGAGCAUUCCUGAGAUUGAGGUGAUCACAUUUGCUUGUUUUUAUCACGGAACGUAGAAAAAAAAAAAGGAAAUAAAAAAAGGAUGACAACCUCACAUUCCCCCCUCCCCAGCUAUGCACGCAGAGGACAACUAAGCAAUGGCGUAUUUCAGCAGUUUCCCAUUUGUAGCUUGCCAAGUGGAAGCCGAUUGAUCUCUGAUUACAUUCCCGAUGAUUUGAGCCCCUUUUUUGCCAGACUGUAGUGUGACUAAUGUGAACUCGCACCAACAUGACAACAUUCUCCCCUCAAUUUUUUUUUUCAUUUUGGGGGGGGAUCAGACCCCCAAAUUCCUCGCAACUUUCGUUCCUUAAAGUCCACUCCUUAGUGUGUUAACUGUGCAUAACCUCGAGGUGCUUCGAAAGCAGAGAUGAUGUAAUGAUCCAGAUCGUGUCUCCUGAUUAAUUUUAAUAGUGCAUUUUAUAUUGUAAUUUUUUUUUUGGUUCGAUAUAACUGGUUUACACGGAGAAAGGAAAAAAAAAUAAUCUGCUGAGAAACGUAUUUUUCUAUGCAAGUGCUGUAAUUGUACAUAUUGUAGCCACGUAUCUGUGUGUGAGUGUGUGGGUAUGUGUGUGUUGUCUGGUGAUGAUGUCGCUGAGGGGCUUCCACUAAAAUGUCAUCCAUCGAAAGUCAUGUUCGACGCGAUCAGAAUCCCAGAGAGUGAGAAUGGGGUUGGGGGUGCUUGCUAUGGAAUAGGAAAGGGAAUAUUUGUGUCGAUUAAAAUGUUGUCACGGCCACUCGUUUUACUGAUGACUUAACAUUAGGCCAACUACCAAGCUCGCCUCGUGUUCAAAACCGGGCAUGGAAUUCCCGUUCGUAUUCAUCGUGUCGUUAGAAUUGGAGAAGGAAAAUGAUGUUUGGUCUUUCUUGUUUUCCUACAGAUCUUUUUUCUUUGAAAGAGGAAAUAAAAAUAUUGAAAUUG